GAGAACCAAAUUCACUGCCAUAAAACGAAUACAUCUGCCCUCUUCAUACUUUCCAAUCUAGAGGUUUCCAAUACGGCCCCGUAAAAGUUUACCAAAAUGUCAGCACACGAAUCUCCAGAUCAACAACAGCCCGCAGCAACUGCUGGGAUCGAAGCUUUCUCAAGCCAAGAACCUCAUAUACAAGAUCACGAAAUGGAAGCUCCUGACUCUCCGCCCGAACUCUACUCUGCUCCCAGCCACAAUUCCUCUGACACACCAGUUACCACACCUUCCAAAAACGCUACUCAGGAAAAGGUUAAUCAUGGUGCGCCUGGUAGUUCGUGGAAUUCAAAGAAGUUUAAGGAGGAAUAUGAUAGGGCUUGGGAGGGGCUACUUGAUAGAAAUUGGGAUGGCAAAAACAGAUAUGGUGACCCGUUGAUGCAGAAAUGAGGAGAAUAUUAUGACUGAGUUGUGGGCUACAAUACAGAUGAUUUUUUAUGAUAGCAUUAUUACGAAGCAGUUGAGACAGAAGAUAUGAUGAAAUGCAUAAUGGCUUGGGAGUUGGAAGGAUUUGCUGGCGUUUUAGGAACAGUAGAUGAGAGAUCGGCAAGGAAUAGUCUCUUUCUGCUUGAGAGUGGAGGUGUAGGACAUGCCUAAUCCCACAGUCUCUCUGUAUCAUUGUGUUUUCUGCUUGAUCUACUCAGUGCAUUGGCUGUGGUAGUGUUAUCGUAUCAUUCUAAUCGUGUUAAUGCGCUAAUACAAUAGAAGAUUGUGAAGCCA